AAGGGCGGGGCCAGAAGGUCUGUGCCCAAUAGGAGUGGAGCGGAGGAGGGAGUCCCGACUGCGUCCCGGUUGCUAGGGAAACGGACGCGGCCCAAGGUCCCGGGCUAAACCGAGCGCAAUGCCGAGCGCUAAGGAACUGGCUACGCUCGCGGAGAACGCGGACGAGGAACCCGGCGCAGACCCACGCCUGCGACUCCUGGGGGCCUAUGUGGCCCAGAGCCUGCGGCCGGCUGCGGGCGCCUGGGAGCGCUGCGCCGGGACGCCAGAGGCGGAGCAGCUGUUCCAGGCCUUCCUGGGCCGCGAGGCUGUGGAGGGGCAGAGGCCGCUGCUGGUGGUGAGGCCUUGGCUCGGGGGCCUGGCGGUGCGAGCAGGGCUGGAUGAGGCACCCGAGUCCCGCCCUGCCCGCGCUAAGGGGCUUUUUUUCUUGCGCACCGGGCCGGAGCCUCCAGGGCCCAACAGCCUUCGCGGCGCAGUGGUCUGCGGGGACCUGCCCGCAGCGCCUCUGGAGCACCUGGCAGCUCUGUUCUCUGAGGUCGUUAUACCCGUCCUGGCCAAUGAGAAGAAUCGCCUAGACUGGCCCCACAUGGUAUGUCAAGAUGUCAGGCGACAUGCGCACACCCUCCAGUGUGACCUCUUGGUUAUCCUUGAGCAAGUGAAGGGGAAAACAUUGCUGCCUCUUCCAAUAGGCUCAGAAAAAAUGGAGUUUGUGGAUUUCCAAAGUGAGACAGACUUGGAUUCCAUAGAUAAGUCCGUCAUUUACGCCAUUGAAUCUGCGGUGGUCAGAUGGAGCCACCAAGUGCAGGUGGUGCUAAAGAAGGAGUCUUCCCAGCCCCUCUUGGAGAAUCCCACCCCUAAGGUGGAGUUGGAGUUCUGGAAGAGCAGGUAUGAGGAUCUGGAAUACAUUUAUAAUCAGCUGAGAACAAUAAAAGUGAGGGGUAUGGCCGGACUCCUGGACAAGCUUCAGAGCAGCUACUUUCCAGCGUUCAAAGCCAUGUUCAGUGAUGUUGAAGCAGCUCUGACAGAGGCACAGGACAUCCAUGUGCACCUGGUACCACUCCACUGCCACCUGGAAACCCUCGAGAGUGUGGAGUUUCCAGAGGUGAAGUCCCGGCUGCAGCCUCUGCUUCACGUGGUCUGUCUGAUUUGGGCCACAUGCAAGUGCUACCGCUCCCCAGGGAGGCUCACAGUGCUGCUCCAGGAGAUCUGCAACCUUCUCAUCCAGCAGGCAUCCAAUUACCUCAGCCCAGAAGACCUCCUGAGAAGUGAGAUAGAAGAAAGUCAAAGAAAACUGAGAGUGGUCUCAGACACCUUGAGCUUCUUUAAGCAGGUGUUUCAGGACAGAAGGGAGAACCUUCAUACUUACUUCAAAGAGAACCAGGAAGUCAAGGAGUGGGAUUUCCAAUCCUCUUUAGUCUUUGUGCGGUUGGAUGGCUUCCUAGAACGACUGCAUGUGGUGGAGGACCUUCUGAAGACUGCCUUGGAUUUGCACAAACUGGGAAAGCUUGAGUUCAGCGGCAUUAGAGGGAAUGCCCUCAGUCAGCAGGCUCAGCAGUUGUUCGAGGAAUUUCAAGAGAUGUAUGGGGUCUUCUCAGAGGCCUCCUAUGACUGCCUGGAUCCCCAGAGCACGGAAUUUGAAAAAGACGUCACAGAAUUUAACCAAAGAGUAGAAGAUCUGGACCGAAGGUUGGGGACCAUAUUUAUUCAAGCCUUUGAUGAUACACCUGGCUUAGAGCAUGCCUUUAAGGUUUGUAGAUCUGUGGCAGGAGCAACCCUUGUCCUCAGUACUCUAAUUCUCAUCAGAGGAUGGAUGUCUAAUCCAGCCUAUGAAGACUAA